AUGACUUUUAAAUCCCUGAUGAACUUUGGAGGCCUCGCUAAGGACUCUUAUCAUUCUUCAAUUGAUAGGUAUCACAGUGGUUCCGGUGGUUAUCAUCAUAGUAACUCUGGGGGGUAUUAUCAUGGUUCACGGGGAAAUUCUAAAAGCAAGGGAGGCAAUGGAGCAGCUUUGAGUGCCUUGACUUUACUUGCUUUCUUGUUUCUCAUCAAUGUCAUGCAGCAAUCUAUGCAGGAUAAUAAUUUAAUGCCAGCAACCACGGCAGCCACGAUAGUGUUACGCGAUGGUGAUCAACCAGUGAUCGUCGACACCAAGGAAGAGAAGGAGAACAAGAGGAACGAGGCGAAGCGUGACGGUAAUUAUGGGACAGCAGCAAAAUCCAAGAUCCAAAGGCUUAACAGUCAAUAUAUUAAAUGA